AUGUACAGCUCGCCAAUCUUGUCGACCGUCACAGAUGAAUCAAAGCACCUUGGUGGUGGUGUUGGCCUCAUGAGUCAGUCGAUGGCAACAGGCAACAACAUUAACAAUAACAACAACAAUAACAACAACAACAGUGGCAAUAGAACAAACAGUAGGAGUGCCAUUGGACACCAACCACACAAUGUCAACGUCAACGUCAAUGGCAAUGCAUAUGAUGAGGAUGAUAAGCAUCAGAAGUAUGCAAACAGUCAACCAUCGGCAGCAUCAUUGCUCAGUAAGCUGUCGGGUUUGCUUGGCGACAAGAGUCCAACUCUGACGGCGUCGACAUAUACACAACAAGCUCGCAUAGAUGGUGCCAAUAUGAAUAUGGGAGGAGGUGGAGGAGGUGGAGUAGGUGGUGCCGUUGUUGAUAACAACAAUGUUGUGCUAAAGAAUGAUGUCAUAUCGAUUGGUGACAGUCAGGGCAACUUUGAUAUCUACUCCACUGGCAACGAUGAGGAGACUGCAAGAACAGAGCUGCUUCAGGCUCAUCCGACACACACCCUGAUGCAAGAGCAUCAGGCAUUGCUACACGAGGAGAAACAACAACAACUAUUACAACAACAACAACAGAUGCACGAUCAAUUUACAAUGUCAUCACAAUCAGCAGCGAGCAAUGGAUUCUUCCAAGUGAUGGUGUGCACCGUAAACAUGCUCCUGUUGUACCUGCUAUAUGGCCUGCUGCAAGAGUUCAUUUUCAAGAAGCAGGAGGUCAAUUUCUUCAACAUCUACUCAUUCUCUCAGUUCUUUGUAUCAUUUCUCAUAUCUGUGCGCAGCGUCCUUAGACAGGCCGCCGACUCUAUCAAGCCAAUGACAUCACCAUCGCUCAACCCACAGCAACAGCAGCAGCCAGACGCCGCUGCGUCGAUGCGCCACUUUUUGAAGCGACUGUCGUUCAACAAGCUGCGACUGUACAUCAUCCUCUCGCUCGUGCUCAUCUCCACCAAGAUCCUGGCGAACGAAUCGCUACGCUUCAUCAACUACAAAACCAGGGUGAUGUUCCAGUCGUCCAAGCUGAUACCGGUAAUGGUGAUUGGCGGCUUCAUGUUCAAGCGAUCCUACUCACUGGUCAACUACAUCUCUGUGCUGGCCAUGACUGCCGGCCUGGUCCUAUUCUCAAUCGGAGACUCUUCCUCAUCUCUAACCUUUUCACCUAUGGGCCUACUUAUCGUGAUGGUCUAUGUAUUCGUCGAGUCCACAAAGUCAAUCCUCUACGAGAAGAUAUUAAGAGACUUCUCUUCAGAGAUGGAGUUGUCACUGUUCACCAAUUUCUUUAGCUCAAUUGCUACUCUACCCAUUGUAUUCAUGUCUGGAGAAUUCCAGAACUCACUGGUAUUCUUCCGAGACAAUAUUAACAUAUUAAUAUUAUUAAUUAUAUUCAUUCUACUUGGUUACUAUGCCAAUAUAUCAUUCUUAUAUUUGAUGAAGAUUAGCGAUUCGUUCUAUGCGAAUGUCGUGUCGACCUUCCGCAAGUUCAUAACGAUUAUCAUCUCAUUCAUAUUCUUCAAAGAUACAAUGCUGCCGUACCACGUUUGGGGAAUGCUCAUCUUCUUCACGGGCGUAGGCCUGGAGUUGAAGCACAGCUACACGACCAAAUCUGCCAAGUCAUCCAAAGCAUCUUUGAAAGAGUCUACUCAGGCCAACAUCAGCAGCAGCAACAACAAUUACGACACAAACAGUAUCAAUAAAAUGGUUUGA